AUGUUCGCCAGACAAGCCCGCAACACGGCCAGAUCCGGAAUCAGAUCCGCCAUUUACUGGACAAAGGUCACCGUCGAGGUGAGCAAGCAAAUCUACAUCAGAGAAGGCCUGGCUCCUCCUUCUGUUGCCGAGUUCCAGCAGGUGUACCGGGGGCUGUACAAGAAGGCUCUGGAAUUUGCUGCUCAGCCAAAGACGUCGACCGACGGCUUGAUCAAGGUCGCCAAGUCUCUGUCCAAGGAGGAGUAUCUCAGAUUCGGCGCCUACUUCAUUCAGAUUGUCGGUCUGUUCUCGCUCGGAGAGAUCAUUGGCAGAAGACAGAUCGUCGGCUAUCCAUCUUUUGGUCCUAAAGAGCACCACCACUAG